AUGCUCCUGCCACUGCUCUUCGGGGUGCUGUGGGGCGGUGAGGGGGCCGAGGGCUGGGGCCUCCAAAAGGCGCAGGAUCCGGAUAAAGAAUACCGGCUGUCGGUGGAGAGUGUGGUGAAGGUACAGCGGGGCCUGUGUGUGUGGGUGCCCUGCUCCUUCUCCUACCCUCGGGAGGGCAACACCAAGGGUGACCCAGUUCUAGGCUACUGGUUCAGAGACGGAACCGAUACCCUCAGAGGUUCUCCUGUGGCCACAAACGACCAGUCCCGGAUGGUGUAUUGGGGGGCCAGGGGCCGCUUCCAGCUCCUGGGCAGCCCCCGGGAUGGCGGCUGCUCCUUGCUGCUCACCGAGGCCCGGAUGGAAGACAGAGGGUUUUAUUUCUUUCGGGUCGAGGGAGGCACCCUGCGAUAUAGCUUCAUGAACAAUAAGUUCUUUCUGGAUGUGACAGCCCCGACACAGGAGCCAGCCGUCUACGUCCCCGAGACCCUGGAGCCUGGGCGCCAGGCGACAGCCGUCUGUGCGUUUCAGUUUCACUCGGAACACUGUCCAGCCCCUACUCUCUCCUGGAGGGGGGCCGCCCUCGCCCCCCAAGAAAUCGGCGAGACAACGGCCUACGUCUCAGUUCUCACCCUCACGCCCAGACGGCAGGACCACGACACCAACCUCACCUGCCGGGCGAGCUUCUCCAGAGAGGGCUCGAGCUUCUCCAGAGAGGGCCCGAGCUUCGAACGCAGCGUCCGGCUGAAUCACGAAGGCGAAUUCAUUUGCCGCGCUCGGAACCCGCUGGGCGCCCUCAGCGUCUCGCUGAGCCUCUCUGUGCACUACCCCCCGCAGCUGCUGGGACCCUCCUGCUCCUGGGAGGACCAGGCUCUGCACUGCAGCUGCUCCUCCAGGGACCCGAUGGCGCCCUCCCUGCGCUGGCGGCUGGGGGCGGGGCUGCUGGAGGGGAACCAUGGCAACGCGUCUCACGCGGUCACCUCCAGCUCAGAGGGGCCCUGGACCAACAGCUCCCUGCGCCUCAAUGAGGGGCUCAGGGAGGGAGUCAGACUCAGCUGCGAGGCCCGGAAUGUGCACGGGGCCCAGAGCGCCUCUGUCCUGCUGCUGCCAGGCAGCCCUCCCUGCAGAUGUGUGACUGAGCAGCAGCAGGGCUCCUGGCCCCUGGUCUUCACCCUGAUCAGAGGGGCCCUCAUGGGGGCUGGCUUCCUCCUCACCUACGUCCUCACCUGGCUCUACUACACCAGGUGUGGAGGCCCCCGGAACAGGAGGCAGAGCUCCUGA